GUUGCGGGUUCGUCGCAGCCUGGGCGGCAACGAGGGAGUGGCGUCUCGCUCGCCGAGUGUGGCUACCUCGGUGCUGGCAGAGGGUGCACGGGACAGCUUCGGGGGCCGGCUGCAGGGCGGGGACGAGUUGUCCGUGUGUCGCGGUCACUCGCUGCCUCUGAAGCACACGCUGCUGUCGGAGGCGCUGUCGCGGGGGGCGGGGCUGUGCAUCGCGGACUGCAACGCGUAUGUGCAGGACAGCAAGGUGUAUCCACACGACCUGGCGGUGUCCCGUGGGUCGGCGCCGCCCCAGUCCCUCGCGCUUGCCACCUGCAGCGGCAGCGAGGGCGGUCGGCCGCUGCUGGCGCUGUACGCCACCUACAACAGCGUGCUGCCGCAGGCGCUGCUGCAGAGCGUGGUGCAGGAGCUGGGGCAGCUGCUGAGGGCUCUGACCCCCUGCGUGGCGGCCAAGGUGACGGGGCCCCUGGCGGUGGAGUGGGGGCAGCUGCGGAGGCAGCUCAUGGACUCCUUGCGCCACCGCAGCACCCGCAGCAUCCCCGGCUCCACCGCCUCCCAACGCUACGUGGCCUGCGUGGCACAAGACGAUCUGGGCCAGCAGCCCCAGCAGCAGCUCCAGGCCCCGGCCCCGCAACCAACUGGCCCGCAAGCACCACUCCCACCACCCUCACCGCUACCACCACCACCCCAUGCAACACCCGCUGCUGCUGCAGCUGCUGCUGUUGCCGCGGACUUCCCAGCUGCUGCUGCCGCUGCUGCUGCUGCCUACAGUAUCCCAGCCGCCGAGUCCCCCUCCCUUGCUGGGGGCCUGCUGCAGCUGCCGCUGCCGGGUAUGGGUUCGGAGCCGG